AGAUAGGGAAGUGGAUAACACUUUCAGUCUUCUUCUUCGUUGGGAUAGGUCAGGGUUAGGGAACAACAACAAUGGCUUCCUCUGCAACAGCGCCAAAUUCGCUAUCUUUCUUCUCAUCUUCUCUGUUUCUGUCUUCAUCUCACCAAAUCCCUAAAACGUACGUUUCCGUUUCGAAACUCGGCUCCGGGAGAGUAUCGAAGCCACUCUCUGUCGCUUCCCAGCUAGCGACUCUACCAAUCAUCUCAUUCGAAGGAGAGAAGGUUGGAGAGACGUAUCUCGACCUCAAAACGGCGCCGGAUUACACCGCGCGUUCCGUUGUUCACAGAGCCAUCGUGACGGACCUGCAGAACAAGCGGCGAGGUACUGCUUCGACGCUGACUCGAGGUGAAGUUCGAGGUGGUGGGAUUAAACCUUACUCGCAGAAGAAAACUGGUAACGCGAGGCGUGGAUCUCAGAGAACUCCGUUACGUCCAGGUGGAGGUGUGGUGUUUGGGCCGAGACCUAAGGAUUGGUCGAUUAAAAUCAACAGGAAGGAGAAGAAGCUGGCGAUAUCGACGGCGAUUUCGAGUGCGGCUUCGGCGGAAGGUGGUGCGAUUGUGGUGGAGGAGUUUGGGGAGAAGUUUGAGAAGCCCAAGACGAAAGAUUUCUUAGCUGCGAUGAAGAGGUGGGGAUUGGAUCCCAAGGAGAAAGCUAUGUUUUUGAUGAUUGAUGUCGAUGAGAAUGUGGCUAAAUCGAGUAGGAACAUUGGAACUUUGAGGAUGUUGACGCCCAGGACGUUGAAUCUGUUUGAUAUUUUGAAUUGUGAUAAGCUUGUGUUGACCCCUGCGGCGGUUGAGUUCUUGAAUGCGAGGUACGGUGUUGAUGCGUUGGAAGAGGAAGAUGAAGAUGACACUGAAGAGGAAGCUGAAGAAUGAGUAGCUCCGUAGAUCCAGAUUGCUUCAAGUUGUGGCUUAUGGCUUAUGAGAUUAAUCUUCAGUACAUGUUCUUGAUGAGGUCUUCUCUUUCCUUUUUGUUUAACAACGAGAGAUAAAAUGUGCAUUUUGUUUUAGAGUUUUUAAUCUCUUCUUUGUCACACUCCAACCCUCUAUGAUCAUGAGUCGACCAAACUAUCUAAAAGACCUCUAGAAUGAAAGAGGCAUCUCUCUCAUUGAUUCAAGUGAGUUGGUUUUAUUGUUCUCGAGCCAAAACCGAGAAAGAUGAAUUUAACAAUGCUCAUAUAUUUUGUUUA